AUGUUCUUAGUGAGCUUCAUUUAUUUUUCAGAUAAGCCAUCACCAGUGUGGGAUGCGGGAGCCCAGAAUGUGAAGGUGUUCACACCAGAUAGUGCAUCAGCUCAGCAUGGGGAGAGCCAGUGGGAUUGGAAUUCCACCGGCUGGGACGCUGCGCCCGUCACUCCAGUGUCCGCGCCUCCCACCAGCCACGCUCCCCCGCAGCACUUUCCGCCUGCGUCGGCCGGAUACGCCCCUCCCGCGAGCUCCGGCCCUGGCUUCCCUCCCAGCCACCAGUCGGCGGUGCCGGACCCGCCACCGGCGCCACACCAGCCGAGUAUGAACUACCCCCCGCCGGCGGGAGCGGCCUCUGUGGGCGCUCAUCCGACGGCCGGCGCGGAGCCCUUCCCGGCCCACCCGGCGGCCAGCAGACCCCCCGCCAACAUGGCCCGAGCUAGUGGUCCACCGGCCAACGCCGCCCGGACCGGCUACCCACCGCCGCCGGCCAGCUACCCGCCCGAGGUGCCUUACUCCGCGCCCGGUCAGCCGCCGGGCACCUUCCCUGGCGCCCCGCCGCCGGCGAACGCGGCGCAUGUGUCACAUCCGCCGCCGCAGGCAGCGCCGGAUAGGUACCCGGGAGCGCCGCAUACGCCGUACACCGCGCACGAUGUGACUGGUGAUCAGUUUGGCGCUCAGACGGGACACGCCCCUGAUCAGUCGAGCUACCCGCCGGCCAGUGUUGCGGCGGAACCCUACUCCAACGAGGGGUACACGGGAGCGGAACAGUACCCGCCGAACAGUCACGGCUAUCUCCCCCCGGCCGGAGAGGGAUACCCUCCGGCUGGCGGUGCCCCGGGCGAGCCUUACUCAACGAAUCUGGACGCGCCUCCCGCGGGAGAGUACGGAGGUUACGGUGCGCAGAACGGUGGUGACUGGGGAUGGGACAGCGGGUGGGGCGAGCAGCCGGCUUACAAUGCUGCUGAGGCGCAACAAGAGCCGCUACCCCCGCCCGCUGCCGGUCCUGGCGCGGGGCAGCAGCUCGGAGCGCCGGGACAGCAUCCUGGACAGUCGGGGCCGCAUCAGGGACCAACAGGACCACACGCUGGUCCGCCUGGUCCGCCCGGUCCCCUGGGACCUCACCCGGCGCCUCCGACCGAAGACCCGUACUCUAGCGACGGUUGGGGCUGGGGUGACGAGCCCGGUCCGUCCCCUGCCGCCGCCGCCCAGCCGACUCCCUCAGCGGGAGCGGAGGAGGAUCUGGGCACUGUGGGGGUGUUUUUCGGUGGAGGGGACGACGACGGGUCACAGGUGGAGGCUGUGACGGCCGGUGUGGCGCACUUGCAGAUGAACGGGGAGGCCGAGCCGACGCACAACGGUGAGUAGAGAAACUGGGAGGGUGGUCAGGGCAUAAGAUAGGGAGGGAAGCACGGUAGCUGGAGGGAGAGGUGAAUGACUCACACGGGAUAGAGGGAGGGGAGGUGGCUAUUGAACAGAGGAUGAACGAAAGUGGAUGAUAUGCUGGGAUUGAAUAGGGGAAUGAAUGUGAAAGGUGUGAAUGAGGUACUCGUCUCGGGAGAAUCUACCUGCGCUCUGGUAUGAAUGCUAAGAGUUCUGCUAUUUAUGUUGGUAUCACGGCAGUUGUGAACCGUUUGAAUCGUACGGAACGACAGAUGCUUGCAGGCUAGCUGUGGGGUAUCCAUUUUGGGUACCUAUUUGUUCGGUGCGAACGUAAUAGCUAUUUGUCAGUAGCAAAAGGUUAUAAUGUUUUUGGUAUCCCCGGUCCUGGCAGCGAGUGACAUUUGAAGACACCAAAUGGAAAGUCAAAUAUUUACUUGGGAAAAUAUUUCGGUUUAGAAGUUAGAACAUCCGAUUUUGAGCCAUCUCGAACCAACCGUUUUGUCACAUAUUUCAAACAUCCCACCAUCUUUGUCCACCCAGCUCGAGCGUUUCAUAAAGCAGAAAUAACUACGUCGCGGUCUAAAUGCAGUGGUCUGUAUUGUCGCCUGGCAGCGGCGCCUACACUCGCCGUGGACAUUAUGAGGCGGCCGCAGUGGCUGCCCGUGGCACAUGACGGGCCCGGUCGAUAGAACAGAAUGUAGAUGGAAGUGGGUGGGCUGAUGGUUGUCUGGGCGACACUGUUAGACGCGGCAACAAGUCAGGAUGGCCUCUUAACGACGGGGAAAUGGUAAUGGU